AUGGCCACUCAACCAUCCCAGGCUGUCGCCUCGGGCGAUCUCACUGACAUGGUCUCAUCCUCGACGUCGGCGACCGUCUAUCCGUCCGACGACACGAUUCUUUCCGUUCUCCAAGCUCGCUUUCGCUCAGAUCUGCCCUACGCAAGAGUAGGCGCGUCUAAUUUGGUCGUUAUUAAUCCGUACAAAACCCUAGCCAACGUCAACGACGCAAGCGCGAAGGAAUAUGAGGAGCGGUGUUACAAGGACACUAGCCUGCCGUUGCCGGGCGGUCCACCGCCUUUGGCACCACACCCCUUUGAGCUUGCGGCGCGGGUAUAUCUGCUCAUGAGGAGGAGGAACGAAUCUCAGGCCGUCAUUUUCCGAGGUAUCACCGCGUCUGGAAAAUCUUCGACAUCUCACCUACUUGUCAAUCAAGUACUCCAGCUCUCGGCACAUUCGAAGAGAGAGGGCAGGCUUGCAGAGCAAAUCAAGGCACUCAGCCCGCUUCUCGACUCGUUCGGCAACGCCAAGACGCUGGUGAAUCCGAAUGCCUCACGGCACGGCCGCUACCUCGAGCUUCAAUUCAAUGACCGCGGUCGCAUUAGCGCGGCAAAGGUUCUGACGUACGGCCUCGACAAGUCACGUCUCAACCGCCUUGCGUACGAGGAGCGCACGUACCAUGUUUUUUACCAGUUCCUCGCAGGUGCGACGCCUGAGGAACGGGAUCGUUUCAACUUAGAAGACCCGUCGGACUACGCUUUGCUUGCUUCAUCAGGAUGCUAUCGACUACCCUCCGGUCCGUUCAGUGACGAUGCCACGGGGAUGGACGACUUGCGAGUUGCGAUGAAGACGCUUGGCUUCAAGUCGAAGCAUGUAUCGGCGAUAUUCAGCCUUCUCGUUGCCAUUCUACUCCUUGGCAACGUGCAGUUCACGGAGCCGGAUGGGCGGGAUGUCUCAGCGUAUGUUGCUAACCCGCUUGUCCUCGAAGAAGUUGCCAGGUUGUUGGGAGUAUCGCAGGAUGAUCUCACCGAGGCGAUCACCAACAGGACCAGUUACGUGCGAAAGGAGCUGUAUACCGUCAUGCUGGACGCUCAGCAGAGUGCCGCGCAGCGGGACUCACUGAUGCGCGACCUUUACGUGAUCCUGUUCGCCUUUGUUGUCGAGACUGCCAACCACCGUAUUGCUCCCGGCCCACAGGAUCCCCCGCCCCCUGCGCAGAUUGUCCUUCUCGACCAGCCCGGCUUCCAGACGAAGGGUCCUCCGGGCUCGGCGUCCGUGUACUUCGGCGGCCCUGCCCCGCUGCUUUCGCCUCAUGGCCAAGCCUGCUUUGACGAGUUCUGCAUCAACUUUGCCGAUGAAGUGAUCCACUCAUACAUCAUCCGCCACACGUUCGAAGACUCUGUCGGUUACAGUAGCCAGCUGACCGGCGAUGGUGUCUCCUUGGCGCCCAUCACGACUAUGGACAACUCGGCAUGCAUUGAGCUUCUGCGUGGCGCGCAGCUCAGUGAGCGCUCGACCAAGAAACCCGGUGGCAUGCUUGGGGUGAUGAACAAGGCGUGCUCUUCUUUCAAAUCGGGCAAGAGCGGUGAGAAGAAGGAUGAGGAAAUGUUGCAGGAUCUUGUGUCCAAGUUUGGCGUUCAUGCCUCAUUCAUCGCGGGCCCGCCGGAGAGCGCGUCUUCGAGCCUACAGUUCGGCAUCAAUCACUUCGCAGGACCAUGUCAGUACGACGUGCACGACUUUAUCGAGAAAGACGCAGACAUCCUCGACGCGGCCUUCGUUGGGCUCCUGCGCAACUCGACAGAUCCAUUCGUUGCAAAGCUCAUGUCGGGCCCCAGCAUGGCAACAGAGCGACAUACGAAGGACGAGAGCAUCAUCGUCCAGGCGCAGGUUUCUUCGCGCCCUCUCCGACAGCCGACUCCGAUUCUCUCCCGCGACGGCGCUUCGCCGACAGAGACCGAGGAACACCCACGUCUUGACCCGACGAAGGCCUACCCGAUCACCACGCAGCUGAACCACCAACUUUCUGAGAUCACGGCCAGCUUGGACCGCACACGCCUAUGGACGGUGUCGUGUAUCCGACCAAACGACUCAGGCUCGUCUAACUCGUUUGACAAACGGCGGGUGAAGGCUCAGAUCCGCGCGUUGCUCCUCCCCGACCUCGUCGCUCGUCGCAAAACGGACUUCAUAGUGGACUACGAGCACACGACCUUCUGUGAUCGGUUCGUGCCCCGGAUCCAAGGCUCAGAGUCAGAGCGGAUACGGCAGUGUGCACGCGCGAACGGCUGGGAGGAUGGCAUCGACUACGUCGUCGGUCAUCGGUCAAUCUGGCUCACAUACUCGGCUUGGAAGAUGGUGGAGGACGUUAUCCGGUCGUCGGAGAAGGAGCAGCGGAAGGGGUCCCAAGAAGGUGCUGAGGAUGGCGAGAGUGUUCUGCCUGAUGAUGCGACAGAGUACACACACCCGGAAGGCCCAUUCGCGACCCCUGCAACGUACUACAACAACGGUAGCGACGACAAUCUGCUAUCGCGCACCGGAACCGGCGGGACACAAUACCAGCAGUCUGGUGGGAAUGGCGGAUACGCUCAAGUCGGUCUGUCAACUCCGAACCUAGACGGUACACCAGCGAUAAGCGAGCCUGAGGGUGAGGGCUGGGGCUCGGAGUGGGACAAGGCGGGCCAGGGCUACAACCCCCCCACGCUCGAGCACUCGAAGGAAGCCAGCGCAAUGAUUGUGCGAGAGGCGCCAAACGCAGUCGAGGAAGUCCCGACUAGUCGUGUCCGGCGAUGGUGGCUCGUUAUUGUAUGGAUGACCACGUUCUGGGCGCCUGACUUCCUCCUGACGAAGGUCGGGCGGAUGAAGCGUCCGGACGUCCGGCUGGCAUGGCGAGAGAAGGUGACCAUUUUCUGGUUGAUCAUGGUCUUCAACGGUAUCGUCAUCUUCUACAUCAUUGUCUUCGGCCGCCUGCUCUGCCCGGAUUACGACAAGGCUUGGAAUCCUACUGAGGUCUCGGAACACACAGGCACGAACGACUACUAUGUUGCUGUCCAGGGACAGGUAUAUGACGUGUCCAAAUUCAUCAAUGGACAACACAGCGAUAUUCAGAGCGAGCCGAGUAACAGCCAAGACGCGCUUGAACAGUUGGCCGGCCUGGAUCUGACAUACUACUUCCCCCCGCCCUUGACGUUGGCUUGCCCGGGCCUCGUGAACAACGACCAGGUCUAUCUCACUGCACCUACAAAUUGGACGGAGGCUGUGCCGACCGCAAUGCAUAUUUCAGGCGUGAGACAAUCACAGAAGUCAAGCGCGCUCUAUCAAAACAACUGGUACACUAAUGUCUUCCAACCGAAGAUGAAGCAGUACCAUAUCGGUGCAUUUGUGCUCUGGGCGAUUUGGGACAACGGCGUCUACGACUUGUCUGCUUACUUCCACACGCUCUACAUCAACGAUGAUCAGCCCUCUUACGAGUUCCUCGACGGUGAUCUCACUUCGUUGUUCGAACAGCAACCAGGCCAGGACAUCACCAGUUCGAUUGAAGGCGUGCUAGCCAAUAUGAACGCUACGUACCGUAAUGACAAUGUCAACUGCAUCAAAAAUUUGUUCUACUUUGGUGAGCUGGACUUCCGCCAGACGCCUCGUUGCCAAGUGCAAAACAUCAUGCUGUUGGUCUUCUCGGCAAUCAUUAUGGCCUCCAUUGGUCUGAAGUUCUUGGCCGCGCUGCAGUUGGCACCCACAGGAACACCAGAGAUGCUCGACAAGUUCGUCAUCUGCCAGGUGCCUUGUUAUACGGAAGGCGAGGAAUCACUUCGGCGUACGCUCGACUCGCUAGCUGCAUUGAACUACGAUGAUAAGCGAAAGCUCAUCUUCGUCAUCUGUGACGGCAACAUCAUUGGGACUGGUAACGACCGCACAACCCCUCGCAUUGUCCUGGAUAUCCUUGGUGUCGAUCCUAAGCUUGACCCAGAGCCCCUCCUGUUCAAGUCGAUUGGUGAGGGCUCCAAGGCGCUGAAUUACGGCAAGGUGUAUUCCGGUCUGUAUGAGUUUGAGGGCCAUGUCGUACCAUAUAUCGUCGUCGUGAAGGUUGGCAAGCCUACGGAGCGCACGAAGCCCGGUAACCGCGGAAAGCGUGAUAGUCAAAUCCUCAUGAUGCAGUACCUCAAUCGAGUUCACUUCGACGCGCCAAUGUCUCCGAUGGAACUAGAAGUUUACCACCAGAUGCGCAAUGUCAUCGGAAUUGACCCUGCCUUCUAUGAGUACAUCUUUACGGUCGAUGCCGAUACAGCUGUGACUCCCGAAUCGCUAAACAGGCUAGUCGCCGCCGUUGCAGAUGAUUCAAGUAUUAUCGGUAUUUGUGGAGAAACACGACUCGACAAUGAGGAUGGUUCGUGGUGGACAAUGAUUCAGGUCUACGAGUACUACAUCUCUCACCAUAUGGCUAAGGCAUUCGAGUCCCUUUUCGGCUCAGUGUCUUGUUUACCUGGUUGUUUUUCGAUGUACCGAAUCCGGACAGCGGACAAAGGUCGCCCCAUUAUCAUCUCCAACCGUAUCAUUGAAGAGUACUCGGAACCUAACGUCGACACACUGCAUAAGAAGAACCUGCUCUCCCUCGGUGAAGACCGUUUCUUGACGACGUUGCUCAUGAAACACUUCCCAACGUUCCGGACGAAGUUCACUUCCGCUGCGAUUGCGCGCACGAUUGCACCCGAGUCUUGGCGCGUGCUGUUCUCUCAGCGUCGGCGGUGGAUCAACUCAACUGUGCACAACCUUUGCGAGCUCGUCUUCCUUCCCGAGAUGAUCGGUUUCUGCUGCUUCUCAAUGCGCUUUUUCGUCUUCAUUGAUCUUCUGGGUACUUUGAUCCUACCCGCAACAGUGGUCUACCUGUUCUACUUGAUUAUUGUUGUCGCCACCGGCAAAGCUGCCUUCCCGUUGAUUUCUAUCGUCAUGAUUGCUGCCGUGUACGGUCUACAGGCAAUCAUUUUCCUACUGAAGCGGGAGUUCAUGUUGAUCGGUUGGAUGGUGGUAUACCUUCUCUCAUACCCGGUGUACAGUUUCUUCCUGCCCUUGUACUCGUUCUGGUGCAUGGAUGACUUCAGUUGGGGUAAUACUCGUCUGGUCAUCGGUGAAGGCAACAACAAGAAGGUCAUCAUGAACGACGAUGAGAAAUUUGACGACUCCAUGAUCCCGCUCAAGAAGUUCAGCGAAUACGAAGCAGAGGCUUGGGAGACGGGCUCACGUCACUCGGACGAAACUGGGUACAGCAGUAAGCCUCACUCGCAAGUUCGUGGUCUCCCUUCGAGGUCGCAAUCUCCGCGUACAUUCCAUGAAGGCUCGCAAGCGGGAGACUACUACAGAGACACCAAUCCGCUGGGCCACAAGAGCUCAGGCUCAAAUCUUCGCGGGCGGGCGUCACAGGCUAACCUGUCGCAGUACGGCGCACAGCCAAUGAUGUCGCAGUACAGUCUGCCACAGCUGCCGUUCAUGCCAAUGGGAGGCGGACCAGGGUCGGUAGCCGGGUCGGACUAUGGCCACAUGUCGAUGGUGGCUCCAAUGCCGUACCAGCAGACUGCCAGCAUGUAUGGCAUGAUGCCGAAUGCACCACGCAACACCAUCAUGACGAAUAUGAACAUGUUCGGCGGCGAGGGUGACGCGAGUGGGUCGCAGUCUGGCUUUGCGCCGCCAGGCGGCAUUGCCGCCAUGCAGCGGCCAAUGUCGACGUUCUCUCUUGCGACAUCAGUGAAUCCGUUCGCCGGGCCAAGCAUGAAUCCCGACCCUUCCGAUGACGACCUCAUCAAUGCUCUGCGAAACUACCUCAGUACACAAGACCUCAUGACGGUUACGAAGAAAACGGCGCGCGAGGCCAUCCAAGCCCGGUUCCCCAAGGCGGACCUCUCGAGUAGGAAGCAGUUCCUGAACGACGCGAUCGAUAAGAUUCUUUCCCAGUCAUAG